AUGUGCCGUUCGGCCCUGGCAUUUUUUACUGCCACAUUAGUCUGCCUGCAAAACUGCAGGCCAGGUCCUGCCCCAUUCCUCCGGGCGGCCUGGGUGUUUUCAGUUGUUCUUGGACUGGGCCAAAAUGAAGACAAUAGAUGUGCAUCUUCGAAUGCAGUGUCCUGCACCAAGUGCCUUGCGCUGGGUCCGGAAUGUGGAUGGUGUGCUCAAGAGGAUUUCAUUUCAGGUAGAUCAAAGAAUGAACGUUGUGAUAUUGUUUCCAAUUUAAUAAACAAAGGCUGCUCAAUUGAUUUGAUAGAAUACCCAUCUGUGCAUGUAAUACCAAGUGAAAAUGAAAUUAAUACCCAGGUGACACCAGGAGAAGUGCUGAUCCAGCUGCAUCAAGGAGCAGAAGCUAAUUUUAUGCUGAAAAUUCAUCCUCUGAAGAAAUAUCCCGUGGAUCUUUAUUAUCUGGUUGAUGUCUCAGCAUCAAUGCACAAUAAUAUUGAAAAAUUAAAUUCAGUUGGAAAUGAUUUAUCUAGAAAAAUGGCAUUUUUCUCCCGUGACUUCCGCCUUGGAUUUGGCUCAUACGUUGAUAAAACAGUUUCACCAUAUAUUAGUAUCCAUCCAGAAAGAAUUCAUAAUCAAUGCAGUGACUACAACUUAGACUGUAUGCCUCCCCAUGGGUAUAUCCACGUGCUGUCUUUGACGGAGAACAUCACUGAGUUUGAAAAAGCAGUUCACAGACAGAAGAUCUCUGGAAAUAUAGAUACACCUGAAGGAGGUUUUGAUGCUAUGCUUCAGGCAGCUGUCUGUGAGAGUCAUAUUGGAUGGCGAAAAGAAGCUAAAAGAUUGCUGCUGGUGAUGACAGAUCAGACAUCUCAUCUUGCUCUAGAUAGCAAACUGGCAGGCAUAGUGGUGCCAAAUGACGGAAACUGCCACCUGAAAAACAACGUCUACAUCAGAUCAACGACCAUGGAACAUCCCUCACUAGGCCAACUUGCCGAAAAGCUAAUAGACAACAACAUUAAUGUCAUCUUCGCAGUUCAAGGAAAACAGUUUCAUUGGUAUAAGGACCUUCUACCCCUCUUGCCUGGCACCAUUGCUGGUGAAAUAGAAUCAAAGGCUGCAAACCUCAAUAAUCUGGUUGUAGAAGCCUAUCAGAAACUCAUUUCAGAAGUGAAAGUUCAGGUGGAAAACCAAGUAAAAGGCGUCUAUUUUAACAUUACUGCCAUCUGUCCAGAUGGAACCAGAAAGCCAGGCACAGACGGAUGCGGAAAUGUGACAAGCAAUGAUGAAGUUCUUUUCAAUGUAACAGUUACAAUGGAAAAAUGUGAUGUCACGGGAGGAAAGAGCUAUGCAAUAAUCAAACCUAUUGGUUUCAAUGAAACCACUAAAAUUCAUAUACACAGAAACUGCAGCUGUCAGUGUGAUGACAGCAGAGGACCUAAAAGAAAGUGUGUAGAAGAAACUUUUCUAGAUACCAAGUGUUUCCAGUGUGAUGAGAAUAAAUGUCAUUUUGAUGAAGAUCAAUUUCCUUCUGAAAGUUGCAAGUCACACAAGGAUCAACAUGUUUGCAGCGGUAGAGGAGUUUGUAUUUGUGGGAAAUGUUUAUGUCACAAAAUUAAGCUUGGAAAAGUAUAUGGAAAAUACUGUGAAAAGGAUGACUUUUCUUGUCCAUAUCACCAUGGAAAUCUGUGUGCUGGGCAUGGAGAGUGUGAGGCAGGCAAAUGCCAGUGCUUCAGGGGCUGGGAAGGGGAUCGGUGCCAAUGCCCUUCAGCAUCCGCCCAGCACUGUGUCAAUCCAAAGGGCCAGGUGUGCAGUGGAAGAGGCACAUGUGUAUGUGGAAGGUGUGAGUGCACCGAUCCUAGGAGCAUCGGCCGCUUCUGUGAACACUGUCCCACAUGUCACACAGCCUGCAAUGAAAACUGGAAUUGUGUGCAAUGCCUUCACCCUCACAAUCUGUCUCAAGCUAUACUUGAUCGGUGUAAAACCUCAUGUGCUCUCAAGGAACAGCAUUAUGUGGACCAAACAUCAGAAUGUUUCUCUAACCCAAGCUAUUUGAGAAUAUUUUUCAUCAUCUUCAUAGUUACAUUCUUGAUUGGGUUGCUUAAAGUCCUUAUCAUUAGACAGGUGAUACUACAAUGGAAUAGUAAUAAAAUUAAGUCCUCGACAGAUUACAGGGUGUCAGCCUCAAAAAAGGACAAGUUGAUUCUGCAAAGCGUUUGCACAAGAGCAGUAACCUACCGACGUGAGAAACCUGAAGAAAUAAAAAUGGACCUUAGCAAAUUAAGUGCUCAUGAAACUUUCAGGUGCAACUUCUAAAAAGAAAAAAAAGUACUUUAUGGGAAACUGGAUUUUUAAUAAUUGCUCCUAAAAAUUAUUAUUUUAGAAGUCACAGGAGGAGAUAAAUUUUCUAGAUCAUGCCAGCUGCUGGCUGUCCACUCGAAUGAAGACUGACAAGCAUCUUCAUCAUCAUGUGACUCACAUUGCUGCUGAAUUUUUCAGAGAAAAAUGUGUCUUACUACUGUUUGAUAUUAGUGUCAUUGUAGCACUUUACUGUAAUAUAUAACUUAUUUAGAUCAGCAUAGAAUGUAGAUGAUCUGAAGAGCACUGAUUACACUUUACAGGUACCCGCCAUUUCUACACUUCCCAGAGAGACAAUGCUGUGAGAUAGUUUUGGCAUUGUGUCACUACCAGGGUACUUAAUCCCUGCACCAAACAUGCAGAUGUAAAGAUAAUAAUGCGGUUAUACUAAUGUUGUCAAACACUUCAACACCUGGCAGUGAAUAGACAAGAACAGAUAGAUGAAUAAAUGAUUAGUAUUUCACUCAUUCAAGAGAUGAACAGAUAAAACCUUAACCUAGAGGGAUACUGUUUUUGAAACUAGUUUUAUGCAUGUGUGUUUGUUUUCUUCUUUUACAAGAUGGAUACUAAUUCUAACAUUCUUUCCUCUUUGCCUUUGUAUUUUGGUUUUCUUUCUUACAGGAUAAGUUUAUAUAUGUCACAGAUGACUGGAUUAAAUAAGUGCUAAGUUACUACUGCCAUAAAAACCUAAUAAUAAUAUAAUGUCACUUUAUUAGAAUACUUUUAAAAGCUGAAUGUUUAAUAAGGGACACUUCAAGUAACAUCAAAAUCUGAACAGCUUUGUUGUUUGCAGACAUGGAAUUUUAUAUCUUCUUACCUGGUAAACUGGAUGGGUUAUUUCACCAUUUCAUUUGUCUAAUCAUGUAGAAAUUCAUGACAUACUUAGAAUCUCUGCCUCAAGCAGAGUGCCACACUUACAAGUUUUCGCCAAUAUUUAUUCAAAGUAGAUAGUAGCAUUUUUCAAAUUAAAAGCUAAAUUAAGCUAUAUUAUUUUUUCCCUUUGAUGAAGUCUGGGAUUCUUUCCCUGAAUCACCUCACCCCACUCACCAGAAUUCUAAAAGUACAUAAUUGGAGGAAGAUAGACAAUAUCUUAGAAAUAAGCUAAUUCACCCCUGUAGUGAGUCGGGGAACUGAAGCUCAGAAAGUUUAAAUGAUUUCUCAAAAACCCCUAAGUGACCAAGUGGCAGCAUUCAGAGAGAACUAUUUUCUUAUUGCUAGGCCAGUGUUCAUUGAACAAUGUCAUACUACCUCUUGAAUCUUUAAAAUAUUCAAUUGGCAAGUAUUUUUAAAUGUGAUUUACUGAAGUCUUUAUAAGAAAAUUUCAAAACAGAGCAGAAAAAAGUAAUUCAAAUAGAAUUGUCCAUGGUUGGGUUCCAGUUUCUCUGCUAAUCAGCUUCUAAUAGACUGCAAAAUGGCCUAACUAGAGGGAAGUCCACUUACACCAUAGCUGUGUGAACAGCGCCCCCUGGAGUUGUGCAGUGCUCAGUGCUCAGCCUGAGAGCUUGAUACGGAGGCCAUGAACUUUUAUCUUUCCCUACAGGAACUUCAUCACAAUUACCAUAUCCUUACAGACUUAUUCAGUCUGAUUUUAUUGGCUAGAAGUGUGACAGUCCUGUAUGCAGUAUACAGCUUUGCCUAUGACAACAAAGGAAUUUAUUUUAAAUUCCUUUAAAAUGUCUUCUUAUAAUCAGCUUCCCAGAUUUUCUGUCUUCCAGCAUUUGAGGUAAUCAGAUAUUUGCAUUUUGAUGAAGACUAAAUCCCACUCCAUAUUCUACCCUAAAGAGGAUUUAAAAAUAUAUAAUAAGUUGUUCUGGAGCCAACAAACAUAGUAGCUCCAUCAGCCGUCCCCUGUAGCCAAGCAAUUAUGAUGCUAGGUUGAACUGUAUUUCCUUCCCCAAAUGAGAGAGCAGCGGCAUUGACAUAAUUCAGUACUACGACUCAGAUAAAAUACCUUUGAUCACCAAGGAUAAUGUAAAAAUUGUUUUUGCAGCCUGCCUGUCACAUGUAGCAUUCUUUUUAAAAAGAAAAUAAGUGGGUACCGGACAGCCCCCAAAAGGAAAAAGGAGAAAAUAUCCAUUCAUUGACAGGCUGAAAUUUUUAAAACGUUAAAAAAUUUUAAAACAUUACAAUGUUCAUAAACUAAUUUCUAUGUGGGCUGAAUUAUCCAAAAGAGCAUAAUAAACUGAAAUUCUUAAAGGGAUAUAUAUUUUCACACUCUCACUAGUUUGCACUAAUUCAUAAUGGAACAAGGCUCUCCUCAUAGGAAGGGACAAACUUUCUGAUAGGCAUUUCAAUGCUAGAUGAUGACUGCGGUUAUGCUUGUGAUGUCUUGUGCUUUCCUUUUUUACUUAAAGAUCUAAUUCUUAAAAGAUUUUAGAGCUUAUAUUUACUUGAAUGAUUGAUAUUUUCCUUGUGAGAAGAGAAUUAAUAUUUGACUAGUCAGAAUUAAUUAAAAGUUAAGGGAAAACAGGGUAUUCUUAGAUUAAAUAAUUUAUGUAAAUAAAGCCUAUUUUCAACUAAUAUGACAAGAGCCUUUUGAGAUUCACUGAUAUUAAACAUGAGUAAUGAAACUUUAAAUGGUUAACAAAGUUAAGAACUUGAAUGACACUUUUGGUACGACAGCAUUUCUGUGCCCUGAGGUAUGUCAUGAUUUAGAAAUAUGGCAUCUAUACACUACAAUAUAACUGUAUGCAUUUUAUUUCUUUGGGGAUAUCUUUACACUGCAGUGUACAUGGACUUAUAAGCAUCUGAUAUCUUUUUUUUGAAAUUUAUUAAUAUUUAUGAAGUCACGGAUAGUCUCUGAAAGACUCAAAAACUCCCUAAAACUUUGAUUAUGUCCUAAAUGUUCAAUUUAGCUUUGGUUUACAAAGAUUAAAAAAAAAAUCUAAGGUUAAACAGGAUAGAUUUCUCUAGAUGCAAAUUUUUCAAAACUCAAAAUUAAAAUUAGUGGAUGCAUCAGAUGCAACACUUCACUAAAGAAUAAAUUUCAAAUAUUUUUUAUAUACACUUGAAGAUAUUCUUACGUAUGACAACAGGCAUCCAUAAGAUGUUGAAAUACGAUUAUAAUGGACUAUGAAAAAUUUUCUCCAUAGAAUUAUAUUCCUCCUGGUACCUGGUAUAGUAAGUUAAACUAAAUCGCCUUUCCUUACUUUCCUUUCUCCUGUUUUUCCCUACUCAUUUUUCCUAAGAGAGUGCCCCAAAACUUCAAGCCCAACAAGCCUAAUUGUGAAAAAUAACUGACUGUAAUGGUAUAAUGAAGUUCUUCAUUUCCAAACAUCUCUUAAUGAUUUUAAAACAUUUCAAUCUAUACACCUGAACAAAGACCCACUAAAAAAACAAAGAAUUUAAAAUUUUUACAAUGUUUGAGCUCUUUUCAAUUUUAAAGGAUUUGAGUUCUAUAUAUUUUAAUAAAAGUAUCAAGUGAAAUACAGCUACUUGGGAGUUCAAUCAUGCAUAUUAUACUGUUUUAUUUACUCUUAACAUUAAAUUUACAACUAUCCUUAUUUAUAUUGACCUUAAGAACUCUACUUCAUGCAAUGCAAACUGAGAUAUAUUUUCAAAGAAAUAUAAAACUAGCAUUCUUUCAGAUCAUUUCCCUUUUCUCUUAUAAUUUUUCGGUGGCAAAUUUAUUAUGGGUAACUAAUUAUACAUGUUCAUAUUUCAUUAGUUCUAAGACAUCCACUUUUUAAUUUAACAUCUCUGAAAUGUAUCUUGCAAUUAUUGGCCUCUUAGAUGCAGUGUUUGAAGUUUUGCUUAAAUGAAUAUUACACUAAUUCAUCUUUAAUUAAAUGUUCAUGGGUAUAGGGACAUUUCAUUUUCAUAUAAAUAUUUAAGAUAACGUGUUGUCAGUUUUCAGUACAUCUGAAUCACAUACAACUCAACAUGAAGCCUAACUAUCUGAUUAUGAGUUCAAAUCCUGCAGACCUUUAGGUCAUAAAAGCUCUUUCAGCCUCCUAUUUAUACUUUAUGCUAAUAGCUACCAUUUCAGCAAACCCUAACCUAACUGACAAGAAUGAGUGAGUUUCUCCCAGGUUUGUUAACAAAUUUUUAUUCUUUCUAUUACUUUCUAAAGAAUACUUUCAUAUGAUCAUCUCACUUGUAAACAGAAUUAACUGGAAAAAAUAUUACAUAAAACCAUAUUUAGAUUUUGCAUAUUUAGAUUUUGCAGCAUCUUGAAAUGUCUUAUGUCAAUGACAGGUGAAAAAAAUAUGAUACAACCAAUCAGUGUUGUAGGAAAUCUUUCCCUUCAAGUCCUCCUACAUUUUUAUUCUUCUUUCGCAUUUCUUUUCUUUUGUUUGAUUUUUUUCCUUUGGCUCUGAUAAAUUCACCUUAAGCCCAUGUAAUGACUGUCGUAAGACUGCAUAUUUAAAUUAUUUGACUUAUAUGAAACAAUUGUUCAGCUAUUUGGGCAGCUGUUAAUGAAAUGCCUGAGAGUAAUAACACUACUCAUUUAUCUACCUGGAUUACUUGCCCACAAAAAUUUAUCUUUGUAAGCCAACUCUAUUAAUCAGGUUCCUAACGUCCAUAACCUAUUUCAGUUAAAAUCAUCUAAUACAACAAUUAAAAAAAAAAAAAAAACACUGCCGUCAUCCAGGAUGGAAGAUGUAUGAUUUGUGUAAAAAAUCGUUAGUAACUUUACACUGUACCACAGAUAAAUGUGAUUUUGAUAACAAUUCCACACAAUGACAAGUAUAGCACAUAGAUUUUAUUAAGAAUAUUGAAUAUAAAAUAUUUUAAUUCUAAAUUAUAAUAAAAUAUGAACUUGCACAUAUUAAUAUAGAAAUUCAUUUUGUGUCUAUUUAACAUAACUUUAAAACUAUUUUACAUUUACCAGCUACUUCAUUAAAGUUUUUUAAAUCUCUUCAAAAAAUUAGAAAUGUUUUUAAAUUAUCAGUAAUAUAACCUAUGUUUCAUUUAACAAGUCCUGCCUUUGUAAAAAAAAUUUUUAAUAUAGAGUGUAUUUUUAAAUUAAAAUAUUUGAAUAUAAAAUAAUUCUAAGAAAGAAAAUUCUCAUUAAACAAGUCUCAUUAUUUCUGGCUUUGAAUUAUAUAUAAAUUUAAAUUGCCUUAAAUGACACAGAAGAUUGAGGAAUACAGUAAUUUCACAUAGUAUACUAUGAGCCUGUUCAUACAAUUCUGAUUGACUACUAACUUUGGUUUAUGUAUUUAUUAAAGAGCUGACACUGUAGUUUGUUGUGAGAUGUUUAUUUUUCUAACAGAGCUUAUAACAUUUAUGACAAGGCAUUUAAUUAAUGCAUCAUUCUGUUUAAAAGUAGGUGUUAACCAAUAUGAAAUUCUAUGUUUUAAAAUAAAAAUG